ACUACACUAUGCGUCUCUACUGCGCAGACUCACGCACCGAGGAAGAGACAGGGCUCACGUCCCGUAAAAGAUUUCACAUCUCCUUAAAAAGCUCUUAGGAGCUCAUCAUCACCAGUAAAGCUGUAUAAGCAUCGGGUUGACGGGAUUGAAGGAAGUGGCGCGUCGUACGGGGAGCUGCCUGAAAUCGCCAUGAGUUACAAACCGAUUGCUCCUGCGCCGUCUGGCUCCAACCACACUCCACCAGGCUCUUCUGUGCCCUCCCCAUCUCUCCCCUCAUCGUCCAGCUUUAGGCCAGCAUUCAGCGACUUCGGCCCACCCUCCAUGGGCUUUGUUCAGCCUGUCAAAGUGUCCCAAGGGUCCACCUACAGUGAACUGCUGUCCGUCAUCGAGGAGAUGAGCCGUGAGAUCAGGCCUACGUACGCUGGGAGCAAGAGUGCUAUGGAGAGGCUAAAGAGAGGUAUAAUCCAUGCCCGUGCACUGGUCAGGGAGUGUCUUGCAGAGACGGAGAGAAGCGCCCGUACAUAACCUUUUGGGACAAAUCCCUUCACCUGCCACUCUUUCCCCGUAGAAGACCGUCUUCAUCACGAUCCACACUAUCGGGCUUUGCAAAAGUUCUGUUACUCGGUUUCAUGAUCUUUAGAGACGUUUACAUGUCGGAGUGAAAAAUUCCAUUAAACAAACUGAAAGUUCUACCUUACAGGUGUCAUUAAUACAAAUUUGUUCUCCGGUAAAGUUGUAUCAAGAUGGAAGUCAAAAGAGUUGAGAUAUCUGCUCUCAAGAAUGGUGAAGACCUGAAAGAUCUUUACCAUUCUUGAGCCUCUCCGCGACUCUGAGGACGGUCAUCCGGCUGAUGUUCAGCUGCUUGGCUAUGUCAGACUUGUUGUGGCCAGCAUGAAGGAGAGCAGAUAUCUCAACUCUUGACUUCCAUCUUGAUACAACUUCACUGGAGAACAAAUUUGUAUUAAGGACACCUGCCUAUAAGGUAGAACUUUCAGUUUGUUUAAUGGAAUUUUUCACUCCGACAUGUAAACGUCUCAAGAUCAUGAAACCGAGUGUAACAGAACUUAUGCCAAGCCUGGUAUAUGCUUUACAACCAUUUGUUAUCCUCCCACCUGGUGGUUUCUUUGCUGCCGUUUUGUAGGUGCAUUAUGUCCCUCUUGUGUCCGCUGUUCUCUGUAUUUCACCCCGCCCAUUUUGUUAAUGACGAAAAUUUUUGCGACUUGUGCGGUGUGUGUGCAAAAUGAAGUUUUUUACCUAUUUUAAAGAAGACAGUGGGGAAUUUCCGCACAUUUUUAAGUGAAAAUAUGGGUAAAAACCUUAGUAAAAUGGUGGGGAUUGUUUAUAUUAUUAUUCUUUGUUCAAUAAUGACAAUUGACCAAGAAAGUUGGCUUUUUUAAAAUGAUGAAAUUUGUGCCCAAACUGCACUGAUCCUCCAGUAUAUUUUUUAGUUAAUCUGAACAUCUUGAAUAGACACCUUUUCCAUUCACCCUUGCUUUGUUUUCAUCCUAUUUUAUAGUGUAAACACACAUUAGAUGUUUGUCAUUCCCAAGAACUCUGUACAUCUCAAGUCAGUUUGUUAGUAUGGAAAUUUUGUAAACCAGAUUUUUGCAGUUCAGUAUGUAUAUCUUAAAUAAAUAACAGGGAAAAAAAAACA